UUUUUGUACAGAUUUUGAUAAUGAAGUUUUAUUAUGAAAAUGUUGUUGUUAUUUAUUACACUUUUAAAAUGCUGCAAGCUUUUUUCUUUGUUGUUUAAUUAUGUUUUGUAUUAUAGAUGUUGUUCUUUUAGCUCAUUCUAUUUUUUCAUUCAAUUAAUUUUUAUUAUUCAUGCUUUACUAAAAUACAAAGAAAAUGGGAGUGACUUGUGUUUUUCCAGUUCCAGUAGUAGAAGGUUGUACUUCCAAUCAGGUUAUUGAUUCACUAAAGGCAAGGUUGGGAGUGUUGGGAGCAGAUAAAGCUGGCAGCUGGUUUGUAGAGUGUGAAGCAUUCCAUUCAGUUAAACAAAACCAAGAAAAUGUUGCAAAAAUGUUUUACCUAAUGCAUUCAUCAGAGUGUCCUUCUCUUUCUUUUUCUCUUCUUGAAAAUGAUACAUGCGUGGUGGCAGAAAACUCAAUCAAUUCAAUUAUUUCUAAGCUGUCUGACUUUUAUUUGCCAAGGAAAGGUAGCAAAACUGAGGCUAAAGGAUCUCGUUUCACACUUGGUGAUUUUAUUAUAAAAAUUGGAACUAUUACCCAAGCUUCAAGUUUUAAAGGAGUUGUUGCUGAGAUACAUUAUGCUCCUUGUAGCGAUCCUUUGCAAUGCUGGUGUAUUCUUGAUGAAUUUGUUCGUGACAUUUUAGCGGUAAAUGUAACACUACCAAGUCCUCCUAAAACACUAGUAGACAAAAAAUCAAACUUAUUUUCGGUAGCUGAUACAAUCAUUCAAUAUCUAGAAAUAAUUAAAAACACAAAACGAGUUUAAAAA